UAUUGACUGACGAUUUGCGCGUAGACGUCUCCACGGAUCACGAUGAGGCGGUUGCAGAUGUCGAGGUCAACGGCCAGCGGGCUCUGCUAUCGAGACCAGCCAAAAACCCCACCAUCUUCCACCGAAUGAGACAUGACAAGUCCAUCCUAGCCGUCGUAGUAUCAACUUCACACAUCUUCGCUGGAACACAAGGGGGAGAGAUACUUGUGUACAGUCUAGAUACGUAUGGGUGCGUCAAAGUCAUUGAAGGCCACAGAGGGAGCGUGCUGGGCCUCUGCCUGUCGCAAGAUCAGGAUCUUCUAUUUUCUAGUGCAGGAGACAGGAUCGUGAACGUCUGGAGCACCAAGAACUUCCUCCGCGUCUACACCAUAUACUCCCUCUACGAUGUCGGCGACAUUUUCUGCGUAUCAUACUCCUCCUCCCUUAAAACAGUAUACUUGGGAUGUCAGAACACGAGCAUUCAGUGGUACGAUCUAAGGGAAAAGGACAUUCGCCCUCCACCAGACCCUAAAGCACACCCCGCCGAACGUACAAGCCGCUUCUUUGACUCGUCCGGUCCUGGUGGUGUCCAAACCCCUCGACCGCGGUCUACAGAUGAUGGUCCUCGGAAUGCGGUAGGUGGCCAGUCGCUGGAGAUUCAUAAUCAAUACAUUCGCCAAUUCGCACAUUUCGGCUAUGUAUACUGUAUGCUCAUAGCUCGGGGAAUAACAUCGGACGAUCCAAACGAGGAAAUACUCAUAUCUGGAGGCGGAGACGGAGUGAUUCAUCUAUGGGGUCUAAAUGGGGACAAAGGGGGUGCCAUAUAUGAAGUCCAAGCUCUCGGGGACGACCAAGAGGGGGAAGCAUCAGUCCUGUCUCUUGCAUUGGAUGGAAAGUUCCUCUAUAGCGGACGUCUGGAUGGAGAGAUCAACGUCUGGGACUUGGAAACGUACCAGCUUGUGAGGAGCCUCAAAACAGUCACUGGCGACAUACUAUCACUGAGUGUCGGCGGUGGAUUCCUGUUUAGCACUGGAGUGAAUGGUUUGGUUCAGAAAUUCAAUCGUCAAUACGAGACCGUAGCGACAUUUCAAGCUCACAGAGAACGUGUCUUAGCAUCCACUUUUGCAUACAACAGCAAAUGCAAGCCUAUAUUCGUCACGGGUGGCAACGAUAGCACGGUCGCGAUCUGGGAUGUGCAGGAUUGCAUUUCCGCCCCAGCCAACAAUAAGCGGACAAGCAACGAGCAUCUCUUCGAAUUCCUCAAAGAGUUUGUUUCGUACCGUACGGUAUCUUCUGAUGCACGAUAUAAAGGUGACUGCCGAAGAGGUGCUUCCUACCUUCGAUCCGUCUUCAAAAACUUUGGCGCUGCCACCGAAAUGCUCAACACUAAGGAUUCUUACAAUCCUAUCAUUCUUGCCACUUUCCGCGGUAAUCGUCUGAAGCAACCGGCGCGCAAACGCAUCCUUUUCUAUGGCCACUACGAUGUCAUCCCAGCCGAGAACGAGCAAGGGAAAUGGAUCUCAGACCCUUUUUCGCUUCAGGGAAUCGAUGGGUAUCUCUAUGGACGUGGAGCGUCUGACAACAAAGGCCCUAUCAUGGCCGCUAUUUUUGCCGUGGCAGAUCUUAUAGCAGAGCAAGCCUUGGACUCUGACGUCGUUUUCUUGAUCGAAGGCGAGGAAGAGUGUGGUUCGCGAGGCUUCGUAAACGCUAUCCAAGCCAACAAAGAGCUCAUUGGCGACAUUGACUGGAUCCUUCUAGCCAACAGCUACUGGCUCGACGACCAAAACCCGUGUCUCACUUACGGCCUGCGCGGUGUGAUUCAUGCGACCGUACAAGUCGAAUCCCCACAUCCCGACCUUCAUAGCGGUGUCGACGGCAGCGCCAACCUUGACGAGUCGCUCAAGGAUCUCAUCAUGACACUCGCUCAACUCACCGGCAAACACGGCAAAGUGCGAAUUCCAGGCUUCUACGACCCCAUCUUACCCCUAUCCCAGGACGAGAAGAAGCUCUACAAAGACAUUACUCAGACCCUCGUCCGUGGGAACCCAGACCUCGGCGACCCAGAUGAGCUCGCAACCUCUCUCAUGCGACGAUGGCGCGAGGCCUCCCUCACUAUCCACCGCUUCCAAACCUCCGGCCCGGAAAACUCCACCAUUAUCCCUCGCCUUGCUCGCGCCUCGCUCUCUCUUCGCUUAGUCCCCAACCAAGAGUCCACUGUCAUCGCUCAAUUGCUCACAGACUUUCUCCAUCAAGUCUUCGAUAGCCUGGACACCGAGAACAGCCUCACCGUCACCAUCGAUCACGUCGCCGAACCCUGGCUCGGCGACUUCAACAACCAAAUUUUCCAGACUCUCGAGCGCGCUAUCAUCGACGUCUGGGGCCCGACGCCCGCACCCAGCCCGAGCGUCGCGCACCGGCGCAAAUCGUCCGCUGGACACGCCGCCCGUGCGUUCGCUCAGCGCAAUUCGAUCACCUCAACUACGCUGGCCGCUGGGUCGGGCGACAAGGACGCGGAAGAACCCGCUUCCGCGAUCGCGAACGGGAAGCCGGAGCAAGGCAUGUUCGUCACCAAGCCGCUGUAUAUCCGCGAGGGCGGCAGCAUCCCGUCGAUCCGAUUCUUGGAGAAGGAGUUUGGAGCGCCCGCGGCGCAUUUGCCGUGUGGGCAGGCGAGCGAUUCGGCGCAUUUGGAUAAUGAGAGGCUGAGGCUUGUUAAUCUGUAUAAUAGUCGGCGGGUUUUUAAGAGGGUGUUUAGGGAAUUGCCGAAGAAAGAAUAGAAAGGGGGAGAUGUAUAAUAUGUUCAGGGGUUCUGGUAUUGGCGUUGGGGUGGGUGUUUAGGGUAAGAUGGGACGCAAGUGGCUGGGUUUGUGUACUUGAAUAGAGGCACCUGAAAAGAAUGGGGAAGCAGAUUAAAUGAUGGUAGCUCCAAGUUAAUUAGAAUUUUUCGUUGAAGACG